AUGCAGGAACAGAGAUGCCGAGCCAAUAUUGCCGGGCUCUAUGAUUACCUUCCUCUCACCGCAUUUUGGGACACUACACCGCCCACAGCCAAGGAAGCCAGCCUAGCCGACAGCACAUAUGAGUCAGCGUUCGACGUGACUUCGCCACGCCGCUCAUCCAUCGACACACCAGACUUGAACACCUUAACUACGCCCUGCUUACCCGAGGACACCCUGCGCAAAUUUUGUGACACGCCAUUCCCAAGAACUCAGUUGAAGCGUUACGAAGUUCCUAUUUCCAGUGAUGCGUGCCCUGUGGAUGCUGAAGAGUGCGACAAAGAAUCAUUGGGCACUGACGACGAAGAGUGCGAAGAGGACACGCUGACCACUGACGAGGAAGAGUGCGACGAGGAAGAGUGCGACGAGGAAUCGUUGGCAGCUGACGACGAAGACAUGGAUGCGGAUGGGCAUUCCAUAGCACCGACUCCAUGGCCAGAGAGCUGGUACGAAGGGGGGAGCGAACUCGGUCUUCAGCAGUUUGCUGCCAGAGUCAUAGAGAAUUGUUUAGGCCACCAUGGGGACGCCGAAGCCAUAAAUGACGAGUUCAGUACGGUGCAGUGUCCCACCGACAACGACGCGGGGCGCAAUGGACACGAACAUACAGACGCCACAACCACCGGAGCAAGUUCAGCAACCGGCCAGACAACACACUCCGGGCGCCCAUUUUCUGGCGGCCAUCCGGCCAAAAGGCCAAGAAGCAGUGACGAUGGAGACAGCGAGGAGGAUCGGCCUCCGAAGAGACGAGACGCCAAGGGACCACCAGACAACGAUGCCAAUCCGAGGAAACUCUACGCCUGUCCAUACCAGAAGCGCAUGCCGCAGCAAAGCCCGUUCUGUGGUAUGCCGCACGGGUCAAAACGUGAUUUUGGCUGGGACAGCGUGUCUCGAGUCAAGUAUCAUCUUUUCGAAAGCCACGGGUUGGACCAUCACUGCCGGAACUGUUGGAGGGCGUACAAGACGACUCAAACCGCCCGGCGCUGCCACGAAAUGAAGAAAUGCUCGCAGCGAACCAGUCCACCGAAGCAUUGGUUGUCUGAAAGCCAGAUCGCGCAGCUCAAGGCCGAAAGAGUCGACAGCCAGAGCGACGAGGCCUGGUAUCGAAUUGCCGAUCUGCUGUUCGGCAGUGACCAAGACUAUAGCCCGGUGAAUUUCCGCGCCGAACACACCCCAUACUAUGAUACGGCAAACUAUCGCAAGCCGGUAUCAGAUGAGCCAAGUCCGUACAGGAGCCCUGGCAGUAUGUGGACUCCGGCGAGCGACUCGACAAACCUUCCCGGAUCGACCGCCAUGCCAGGGAAUCAAAACGUGGCGCUGCCUGUAGAGCCGGUCGAAGGAGGACAAUCUGCGCCAGCCCUAGCCUCCCCGCCUCAUCAACAAGGGCGAGAAUUCUACGUUCAGGCGGGGCCUGAAGCUGCCACUAUAGCAGAUCAAGAGGCUCGACAGCCUGCGAUGGAACUAGAGCCCUCCGAAUGCGACAACCCAGACGUUGCGAUUUAUUCCCAUAUUAUGGUCUCGGCUCAGGGCUGCCCAGCGCCAGAGACAACAGGUCACUUCCCGUCAGAGCAGCAGCUCCACUCGCAGACGGUCCAGGACUUGUAUCAUCUUCUUGAUGAGGACGAGAUGGCGCAAUUCUUCGAUUUCGGGCCCACCGCCACAGAUCCGAGCCAACCACACUUGGCUGACUUGCACCGGGCUACCCCUGCCUCAACUACCUGCGAGCCCUUGCUCCAAUUCACUAACACUGCCGCGGUUGAGCAAUUGUCGCUAGCCUGCUCAUGUGGGCACGCACAGAAGUGCAUCUGUCGGCUUAAGAAGCGUGUCGCAGACCUGCGCAGUGAGAACAAGUCUCUUUUGGCUGAGAAGGAGACGAUGCGGAACGCACUGGUUGGACUGCGGCAGACGCUGGAUCGCCAAGACGAGCUACUACAAUUCAUGGAGGAGAAGGGCCUGCUUCCCGGCGAGACGAUGGGGAAGCUGUGGGAGUAUCAGGACAUGAUGAAGGCGGUGGUUUUGGAACAUCGUUGA